GAGAUCGGAGGGUUUCCUCACUUCCUCUGCCUCGGCGCACAUUAAUCCCAGACACUCAGUAGCCAUUUUGGUCCCACCUAAAGCGGAGCAGGCAGCGGGCCGGAGAUGGAGCCGACACGGAGGCGGUCAGCGACCCAAACACUUUGAAAUCUCUUUCAAAAGACCCCGAGGGACGACCCUGAGUCACAUGGCAUGUUAGGAGGACAUACUUUUUGAAUCCGAGGGUGAUUUCCGACGAGCUGUGCUAGCCGUGCCCUAGCCCCCCCGACUGCCGAGCCGAGCGGACCGUGAUUUGGGUCGCAUCCCCGCCGAGCCCAGGCCAUGUACGGAGUGUCGGCGCGGUGUGAAUGACGGCCGUGGUCGGGGUGUUUGAUGCGUUUUAUUGACAGGUGUCGGCCGUCAUCAGGGUUCACCAGGCCAGGGGGACCACGUCUGCUCGGGAGCCGUCACGGAUCAAUGCUGAGACUGUUUUCCGAAAGGGCUGCACGGUCUGGAGCCGCGAGAAGGCACUAGUUCCCAGGGUUAGACUAGGUGCUGCAGAAUCCCAUCUGAAUAUUAAUACUCACAGUGAGGCGUCGACCCGUCCAGGACUACCAUGUCGUCCAAAACCCCCCUUCCGACCGUCAAUGAGAAGCCGACGGAGGGCCACACGACCAACGGCCGCCAGGAGGUGACCGCCCGCCCGGUGCGGUCGGGGGGCCGGUCCCGCGGCUCGGGCGGCGGCGGGGACGAGCCGCAACAGCCCCACGUGGGGAACUACCGCCUGCUGAAGACCAUCGGCAAGGGCAACUUCGCCAAGGUCAAGCUCGCCAGACACAUCCUGACGGGCCGAGAGGUGGCCAUCAAGAUCAUAGACAAGACCCAGCUCAACCCCAACAGCCUGCAGAAGCUCUUCAGAGAAGUUAGAAUAAUGAAGAUCCUGAAUCAUCCAAAUAUAGUCAAGCUGUUUGAGGUGAUCGAGACGGACAGGACCCUCUACCUAAUCAUGGAGUACGCCAGCGGAGGUGAGGUGUUCGACUACCUUGUUGCACAUGGAAGGAUGAAAGAAAAAGAGGCCAGGGCUAAAUUUAGACAGAUAGUUUCAGCCGUGCAGUACUGCCACCAGAAGCACAUUGUCCACAGAGACCUCAAGGCGGAGAACCUGCUCCUGGACGCCGACAUGAACAUCAAGAUCGCCGACUUCGGCUUCAGCAACGAGUUCACGACGGGCAACAAGCUGGACACCUUCUGCGGCUCCCCGCCCUACGCCGCGCCGGAGCUCUUCCAGGGCAAGAAGUACGACGGGCCCGAGGUGGACGUCUGGAGCCUGGGGGUCAUCCUCUACACGCUGGUCAGCGGGUCGCUGCCCUUCGACGGGCAGAACCUCAAGGAGCUGCGGGAGCGGGUUCUGAGGGGGAAGUACCGCAUCCCGUUCUACAUGUCCACGGACUGCGAGAACCUCCUGAAGCGCUUCCUGGUGCUGAACCCGUCCAAGAGGGGCACGCUGGAGGUGAGGGAGGACGCCGACAAUCAAAUCAUGAAGGACCGCUGGAUCAACGCGGGCUUCGACGAGGACCACCUGAAGCCCUUCCUGGAGCCCGAGAUGGAUAUCACCGACCAGAAGAGGAUAGACGUGAUGGUGGGGAUGGGCUACAACCUGGAGGAGAUCCAGGAGUCGCUGGCCAAGAUGAAAUACGACGAGAUUACUGCCACCUACCUUCUGCUGUCUAGGAAGAGCUCAGAGAUGGAACCCAGUGGCUCCAACAGUAACCUGUCCCUGGCUAAGCCCCGCCCAGCCAGCGAGCUGAAUGGUCAGUCCCCCGCCCACCUCAAGGUCCAGCGCAGCGUGUCCAAUCAGAAGCAGAGGCGCUACAGUGAACAAGCGGGCCAGAACGCGGCCCCGGGCUCCCACUCCAAGCGGAGUCAGACCACGGUGGGGGAGGGGCAGGAGGAGGGGGGCGUGGCCCUGAGGAAGCCCUCCUCCGCCUCCUCCACCUCCUCCACCUCCGCCCGCACCGGGCUGUCCUCCAGCCGCAGCGCCCCGCCCGCCAGCCCGUUGCUCGGCAACGCCAACAACCCCAACAAGGCCGACAUCCCCGACCGCAAGAAGGGGGCGACCACCGGCCCUGCGAGCACGGCGGCGUCUGCGGGGAUGACACGGAGGAAUACGUACGUCUGCAGCGACCGCAACAACACAGACCGCCUGGCUGUCAUCCCCAACGGCAAGGAGAACAGCAUGGCGGUCUCCCCGGGCAGCCAGCGGACCCCCGUGGCGUCCACGCACAGCGUGGCCAACGCCACCACGCCUGACCGCCUGCGCUUCCCGCGCGGCACGGCCGGCCGCAGCACCUUCCACGGGGGCCAGCUGCGGGACCGCCGCACGGCCACCUACAACGGGCCCCCCGCCUCGCCCACGCUGUCCCACGACGCCGCCCCCCUCUCCCAGACGCGCAGCCGUGGCACCAGCAACCUCUUCUCCAAGCUCACCUCCAAGCUCACGCGCAGAAACAUGUCGUUCAGGUUUGCCAAAAGAGUCUCCACAGAGUUUGAGAGAAACGGGAGACCUGAGGGCUCAAGUCGCCAUGUUCCUGGGGAUCCGAAGGGGGAAGCCGCCAAAGACGGCAAGCCGCGCUCCCUGCGCUUCACAUGGAGUAUGAGGACCACCAGCGCCAUGGAGCCCGGCGACAUCAUGAGGGAGAUCCGCAAGGUGCUGGACGCCAACAACUGUGACUACGAGCAGCCUGAGAGCUUCCUGCUGGUGUGUGUCCACGGGGAGGGCCGCGACGAGGACCUGGUGCAGUGGGAGAUGGAGGUGUGCAAGCUGCCGCGCCUCUCGCUCAACGGGGUGCGCUUCAAGCGGAUAUCGGGGUCCUCCAUCGCCUUCAAGAACAUCGCUUCCAAAGUUGCCAACGAGUUAAAGCUAUGAACAAAAAGGGUCAAGACCAGAUGAAUAUAUAUAAAUAUCUAGAAGUAUUUAAGCUGUACAAUCAUUCAAGUAGCAGUUUCCAAAAUGUCUUUUUUUCUAAACAAUAUUACAGAUAAUGUAAUGACUAUUCUAAUGUAUAGAGUUUGGCUUUUGGCAAUAAUCAGUUAUCUACUAAUGUCUGUUUUCUGCCCUCUAACAGGAUGCUUUUUGUCAUGCUGUGAAUGUGGACAAAAAGCAUUUCUAGUCUUAUUUAUUUCACAGGUUUUUUUUCCUCUCUCCUGGAAAAACAGAUUUAACGUAGCGUUUGUUUUCAGUGUAAAUAAUGUAUCUUACUUUCAAGAUGGCUUCCCUGCAGUACUCCAUUGGUUUGUUUUUUUUGUAUUUUGUUAGAAGAUGGAAGUUGAUGUAAAUGCCAGGGGAGGGGUCACUACGUCUGAUUAAAGUGUAAACUUGAUGAA